CUCGACCCUUCAACGCUUGCCAGUCAACGUUAUUUCUGUGUUCUAAAGGUUCAGCAUUCUCCCUUCGGUCAUGGAUGGGCCACCGCCACCGGAGGAGGAUUUCUCUACUCUCCCAAUAUCCGAGCGUCUCUCUCACAAGAACUGGAAAGCUCGUGUCAGCGCAUACGAAUCCCUAGUCAAAACUUUCCAAACUACCGCGUCCGACAGUGAUCCUGCAUUCAAGCCUUAUAUUAAUAAUCCAGAUCUGUUGAGGAAGAUAGCAACUGACUCUAAUGCUGUUGCUCAGGAGAAGGGCGUGGAGUGUUUGGUGGCAUUUGUCAAAUACGCUGGCGAAACUGCAGUGAGAACAAGAGAGGUUGUUGUACCCGCUCUGGUGGAAAAAUGUUUGGGUUCUUCGCGUGCUGGCACGAAAGUACAAGCCCUUGCAUUGACGCUGCAGUACGUGGAGGUCGAGAAUGGCGGUGCCGGGGUUGUGGCAGAUAUCAUACCGGGUCUAGGAGCUAAACUGCCCAAGACAGUUUCAGGAUGUGUUCUGGCUCUUAAAGAGAUCGUACGGAUGUUUGGAAUCCAGGCUACCCCUCCUCCUCCGAUUCUCAAGAUUUUGCCCAAGAUAUUUUCUCAUUCCGACAAGACCGUUCGCGCUGAAGGGACGGCACUUGCGCAGACUCUAUACCAAUAUGUAGGUCCCGGCAUUGAGCCGUGGUUAACGGACCUCAAGCCCGUACAAGUCAAGGAGUUGAAAGAAUCAUUCGACGCAAUGGACAAUGAUGGUAAGGGAAAAGGAACCUUAAAACCCGAGCGAUUAACUCGGGCGGCCGCGCGGGAUGUUGAGCUUGCGGAGGUAGCCAGUGGCGGUGAUGCCGUCGACGCUGUUGAAGAAGAGCCGGCGACCAUGGAUCCUCGUGCUUUCGCUGAACCAGUGGAUAUUGUACCUAAGUUGCCUCCUGCAUUGCAAGCAGGACUGACGUCGUCGAAAUGGAAAGAACGGAAAGAGGUUCUUGAUGACCUCUCCGCUCUCCUUUCUACCACUCCUCGAAUCAAGGAAGCGUCAGAAUUGGGGGACCUCGCAAAGUCUUUAGCAACCUGCAUUCAGAAGGACGCAAAUAUCAACUGCGUUAUGACGGCCGCUGCAUGCAUGCAGUCACUCGCCAAGGGCAUGAUGUCAUCGUUUGCCAGAUAUCGGGAGACGGUUGUGCCUCUGAUGUUAGAGAGGCUGAAGGAACGCAAGGUAACUGUUACCGAUUCGAUAGGCUUAGCUCUGGACGCGAUAUUUUUUACAACCACUCUAGCUGAUAUCAUCCCUGACCUUGGGACAGCUCUAUCUUCCAAGAAUCCUCAGGUCAAAGAAGGGACCCUGAAAUUUCUUGGCCGAUCAUUGGCGUCUGCCACUUCUCCAAUACAGCCUCCUCAGGUCAAACCAUUAGCGGAAACUCUCGCUACACUCCUAGAAGACAGUUUUGAGGGCGCUAGAAAUGAAGCUGCCAAUUGCCUAGGUACGCUGAUGAAGAUGGUAGGGGAGAGACCGUUGAAUGCUGUGGUGGAAGCGGUUGUGGAUGUCAGGAAAGCCAAGAUUAAAGAGGCAUACGAGAGGGUUACGGUUAAGUGCAAAGCCGGUGGUGCAGCGCCACCCAGAGCACCACCUGCUGUACCACCCCCGGCAGCUGCCCCGAAGAAGAAGCUGCCUGCGCCAAAGUCUGUCGUCGUAGAAAGUGAAACCUUGGAGUCACUUCCGCUCAAGAAACCUUCAGCAAAGCCUCCUGCACGACUUCUGGCCCGAACACAGGGUUCCGGAGGCACUCCUGCCGCUGCCGCUGCAGCGCCUCCUCCCAAGAAAGUCCCGCCACCGGCCACCGCAAAAUCAGCGAAACCACAAGCACCUAGCGCACCCGGGGCACUAGAUACUUUCAAAUUCAAGCAUACGCCCGAAGACGCGGAGGCCCUUGCAGCUGAUGCAAUACCCUCUUCACUAUUAAGCAAUCUGUCCGAUGCGAAUUGGAAAACCAGAUUGGCCGCCCUAGACGAAAUGUCGACUUGGCUCGAUGGCGUGAUUAACGAUUUAGAUGCAGAGGUUUUAGUUCGAGCCCUAGCGAAAAAGGGCUGGUCGGAGAAGAAUUUUCAGGUAUCAUCCAAAAUAUAUGGAAUAUGUGCCACCCUCUCUGCGCGGUGUCCCUCAUUUGGGAGAUCUUGCGUCGCAUUGUGUGUCCCUCAUAUGAGCGAAAAGUUGGGGGAUAUGAAGCUGAAGAAACCUGCCGGCGACGCUCUUAUCUCUUUUGCGGAGAGUACAUCGUUGCAAUUCAUCUUGAAUCAAGCUUAUGAACCCCUGUCAAGGCAAAAGGCUCCCAAAGUUCUGGCUGACGCUAUCGGCUGGAUGAAUGUUGCGUUGACCGAGUUUGGCAUCAAUGGACUGUCCCUCCGCAAUCUCAUCGAUUUUCUCAAGGGCGCAUUACAAAACUCCAAUGCCACUGUUAGAACCAGCGCCACAAAAACCCUUGUAACGGUCAAAUUAUUCGCUGGAUCAAGCAUCAAGGAUUUACUGGAAGAUCUCAAUCCUCAGCUAUUCAACACUAUAACCGCAGAAUUUGACAAGGUUGAAGGUCAAGCACUUCCAGAUCCUACCCGGACGUCGACCGAUGCAACCGAUGCGCCCGUAGCAUCCUCUGGUGGGGGAUCAGGACCUGUCGACGCGUUAGAUGACCUCUUUCCUCGAGUUGAAGUGGACGGACUCCUCAAAGGAACAACAAUUCUAGCGGAUGCCAAGAGCGAUGCCUGGAAAAUAAAGAAGGAGGCGCUGGAAACGUUCCAAACUAUUUUGGACCAAGGUAGCAACAAGCGACUUAAACCAAACAUAGGCGAGAUAUCCCAGGUCCUCAAAGCGAGAGUCACAGACACUAACAAAGCUGUUCAAAUGCUUGCACUCGACAUUGUGGGGCGUAUUGCUACGGGUAUGGGCAAGCCAUUUGAGAGGCAAUGUCGAUUUUUCGUUCACCCAGUAACGACUGUUCUGUCCGAUCAGAAGGCACCUAUCAGGGCAGCCGCUCUGCAGACGUUGAGUGCCAUUGCCAACGCGUGUGACGGUCUCGAAUCCAUGGUUCCAGGUAUACAUACUGGCCUUGAAACAUCCAAUCCUAUGCAAAAAGGUACAUUGUUGCAUUGGAUAGCUGACUGGUUCAAAGAGCACCCGCCGCCGUCUUCGCUCGACUUGAGCACCUGGGCGCCGCCCAUCGUUGUGUCUCUAGACGAUCGGAAUGCAGACGUUCGCAAGGCUGCACAAGCUCUUUUACCGUCUUUAAUUGUAUGCGCUGGAUUCGACUAUGUGAUGCAGCAGACAAACUCUUUGAAGCCUGCUUCUCGUGGAAGUGCAAUCCCGCUCAUACAAGCUGCUCGUUCAGCGGUUUCCCCUACUCUGCCUAUAACUGCGGCCUUGACACAGCCGCCUAAGGCCUCUAAAUCUCUCCAAAAGGUAGCAGCACCAGAGUUACCUUCGUCCAGCUCUCCUCCUGGUUCGCCUGGCCCGUCGGCUCCUGCAUCCAGAACGGGGAGCAAGAUUUCAGGUGUGAGGCGCAAGCUGCCUCAAGGGAAUCGUCCAGAGUCUCGAAGCGAGAGUCCCCCAGAACCCGCGGUUUCACGCGCGUUGAAAGCUCCAUCUGGAGCACUAAAACGCCCAGGUGCAUCUUCUGCUCUAGCCCGGCCUCCAGUCGCCCAAAUUCCUCCCCUUACAACUUCUUCGCCUCUUUUUGGCACAAACCCAGACAGCAGAAAGGCUAGAUGCGGGAAGGACUCCCACAAGUGGGUUAACGAAGGCGGGCCCACACGUAAAGACCUAGCGGAUCUUUUACAGAACCAAAUGGAACCUCACGCAACCAAGGAACUUAUUGGACGCUUGUUCAGUCAUGAUCACAAUGCCGUCAAUGACCAUGUAACCGGUCUGACAAUAAUGUGUGAGCUAUACAACAGCCCACAAUUAGGUGACGACUUGGUAGAAAGUAUUUGCCUCGCGAAUUUUGAUCUUCCCCUGAAGUAUGCAUCCAUCAAAGCCCAUGAACCCCAGCCCAAUCUCAUAUCCAAAUGUCUUGAAAUUGUCGAGACGGUUUUGGCCUUCCUCCGUAUGGUCAAUCAACAACUCACCGAUAACGAAGCACUGUGUUUCAUACCAACUAUCAUUUUCAAGCUGGGCGAUGCCAGGGAACAAGUGCGUGCGAGAGUACAACAAAUAAUCCAAGAUCUACCCAAGGUCUAUGCUUAUAGCCGAGUCUUUCAGCUUCUAUCGGACUAUGGUUUAAAGUCCAAAGUGGCGAAGACACGACAAGGAUCCUUGGAUGAGAUGGGUAGUAUUCUCAGAAAAUCGGGAAUGGGCGCAUGUGAACCAUCCAAGACGUUUCCGGUGAUCGCUGCAAUGAUCUCUGAUAAAGAUUCCCAAGUCCGGAAAUCAGCUCUUGGUGCUCUGAGUGAGGGGUACAUGCUCGUAGGCGAGAAGGUUUGGUCUCUCAUAGGCCCGUUACCUCCCAAAGACAAGACCCAGCUGGAGGAACGCCUGCGCCGCGUCGCCGGUCCUAGCAGUCACGAAAAAAUCGAACCGCUGGCGCCACCUCAAAUAGCUCGUCUGACUGGUAUUCCUAGACCAGGUUCACCUGCUACUAACUCAAGAAUCGCGGGUAUACCACGACCGGCAUCUCCCGCGACCAGUUCAAGAUACACAGGAAUUCCCCGCCCUGGCUCUCCUGUGACAAACUCCAGAAUUGGAGGUCUUCCUCGUCCAGCCAGCCCGGCUUCAAGGCUGGCAAGACCUGUGUCUCCUGUUCGUCAGCGACCCUCAUCCCCAUCUACCUCCGGCCCUGGGUCAAGUACUCCGUCCCGUUUAACGCGUCCGCCAAUCGCCGCACCUCAGUCUCCAACAGGGCUCACUCGACCGAAGAGCUUGCUUCCGUCACGUUUGGGUCGGCCUCGUCCUCACUAUAAUCUCCCUGUCAGUGCGGACGAGUCUCCAGAGGACGAAGCCGAAGAACAUGUCAACGGAUUUGAGGUCCCUGGCAAACCCACCCACGCUACCAACUCAGGAACAUCGUCAUUAGAAGAAUCAUCGGAUAUCACCGUCACCAUAUCCAGCAUCUUAAGCAGCGAUCCGUCAAGAAGCGUGGACGCUCUUAAGAAGGUCCAAAGAAUUUUAUCUUCCGGCCCGGAUGCUGCCCCCUUUUCUGCUCAGUAUCGAGAACUUGCAGAGCAUGUUGAAGGGCUGAUAGAAACCAUCACCCUACAGAUGGCCCAUAUAUUCGAGCGGCCAGAUGACCUUAUUCUGGAUGAGAACUUCAGGCUAGCUAAGCAUCUCAUUCAGACGUUGAACAAUUUUUGUGAUCACUCAUUCCUUGCUGAAUCAUUGACCGUCGACAUACUUACCUCUUUGCUGGAAGAGCUCACGCUCCGCCUCUUGGAGACUGACGACAGCUAUAUCAAGAAGAUUAAAGACCUCUCGCGUUUUAUCAACAUGAUUAUAUUGCGACUAUUCGCCACUGGACGGAGGAUGUCCAUCUUUAGGGCUCUUUUCAACCUUCUCCUCCAAGUGGUAAAGCCUUUCCCAAGUAAUGGCACGACGCCCGACUCAAGGGAAGCCAAAGUCGCUGAGCUGGUUCUCAAAUGUAUUUGGAAAUUGGCCCGUAACAUCCCUCAGGAUCUUUCUGAACAUAAAUUGGACCCGGUGGAACUUUUCCCUGCUAUCGAGCAUUUCUUGCAGUCCGUACCGCCCAACGAGUGGCGUGCUCGCUCCACCAAUAAGGUUCCUUGCGGGGAUAUGCCUUUGAGGACUGUAAAAGUUAUAAUCCAACACGUUGUCGCACACUAUGGAGACGACGUGUACGAUCUGCUCUCCGCGUCAUUUGACGAUCCUUCAGCGACCAUUGUAUAUCCAUACGUAUACCGAAUCUUGAACUCAAGUAACCGGGCGAACCCCGAGGCUCCUCGCCAGAACGGUGAAGAAUCUGGUGCACCUCGCCCGGUCUCGAUGACAUCCAGUCGGCCUAUGUCCCCUCAAGAAGCUGUGUCAGAGGCAACAUCUCAUCCGUCACCUAGUCAUAGAUCAAGUCCUAGCGCUUCCUCUAUGAACGGAAAUGGUAUUCUACCUCCACCGACAGAGGAGCCCGACCCGGACGUCCAACUACUGACCAUCAUUGGCCAUAUUUCAAGUGAGACUACGGGGGCAUUGCACAAAGAGGGGAUCACGGAGCUCCAUCAUUUUCUGAAAGCAUACCCACACAAAAGACCCAGGGUGGAAAAAAUGCUCGAAUCUACCGGCGCCGCGUUUCGGAAGUAUAUCAAUCGUGCGCUUGCGAGUAGGGCAGCUGAGGACCAAGAGCGUGAUGUUGCAGUUUCAGAUGCUUUUGACAAGUUGCAAAGUAAUCGCCCAGGAACGUCGGGCUCAUCUCGUAUCGUUGAAACAUCUCCAAUGUCUCCGACAUCACCACAGCAGAAGAGUACAGAACUUCCGGUCAAUCAAGAUAGGCUGUCGAGACUUCACGACCUAUUUCACUAUCGAUCUAGUACGCUGAGCAAUGGGUCGUCACAAGGAUAUAGUGCGCCUUCGGAGACGAAAAACUCACUGAACUAGACUUUGGCGUAGAUAGUAGAUAGCCUCUAGUCUUCCACUUCCUGCUCUCUAUCUGACAUUUGCAUUCUGUACACUGAAUCAAUUUGCAUGACUGUAAUACAUAUUACGAUAUCAUAUUUGGGUGUGUUGAGCACGG